AUACGCAAUGCAUAGAAUAUUUGCAAGUUAUAAAUAAAGCUGGCAUUUGCGCGUGCGCUCUGAUUUCGGGUUUGUAGUUUUCGUUGCGAAACGUUCGGAAUGUAUACACGAGUUGGUUUUGCUCGACCGUAAUUUGACUGGAAAUCGAUAGCCGUGAACGUUCUGCCAGAAAGGUUUUCUUCUUUCGAUUCCCCGGUAGUUUACUCGAGGUGGUUCCCGAAGAUUCGCAUCAAAGAUCAACAAACGGAUAUAACCUCGAAUCAACAGAACAUUUCUUCAUUGGCAGAUCUAACGCACGUUGAUAACCGAACGGUAACGUACCACGUUCGCGUACGUGUAAAUCGUGUAAUAAACAGAAUCGAAUUAGGAGAAGGUCGGUAAGAAAAUGGUGAAAAUAGGGUUAGAAAUAAAGGUUACGUUGGAAAACGUGGAAGAGCUGGGGCCCGCGGGGCUUGAUUUCCGAUGGUAUCUCAAGUUCACUUGCUCGAAUUGCCGCGAAGUAUCGGACAAAUGGAAUUACGUGUCUCUGAGCGAAACUUUCCCAGCUACGAAAGGCCACGGCGUCAAUCAUUACGCGAGCAAAUGCAAACUCUGUUCCCGCGAAAAUUCAAUGACUAUUUUGGAAGAUUUUGUGAAACCUUUUGUAGCCAGCGAUCAAGAGAACUUUCAGACAGUGGCGGCAUUCGAUUGUCGCGGUCUCGAACCGUGCGAUUUCUCGGCAAGAAGAGGAUGGGUCGUCAAAGCCAUCGACAACGGCAGCACAUUUACAGACGUGGAUCUGACCGAGGGCGAAUGGGCCGAUUACUGUCAAAAGAUCGAGAAGCCUGUAUCGAUUUACGAGAUCGAGCACAGGUUCGAAAGAAUGAAAUAAGAAGGAUCCUACGCGUGAGAAAAACGGUUCGAUCAAAAGUUUCGGAACAGCCCACGGUUGUACCUUGUCCGCGCAAUUUUCUACACACCAUGUACCAAUGACGUUUAUACUUGAAUUACUUGGCAAUAAAAACGAUAUAGCAAUAGUAGAAAAAUAAUAACAAGUUGGUAAGUUGUCGUCGUCCUAAGACACACCGAUCGAUUAUAAUUCUCGGAGAAAACGAUCGGAGAAAACGAUCGGAGAAAACGAUCGAAUGAAUGCGAUACAAGUUUCCAACGACAUAAUAUAAUUUAUUCGUAAUCAUAUAAAAAAGGACCAUUUAAUCGAAUAAAUGGCUUGGUAGACAGAAAAUAUGCAACAAUAA